GAGGUACCGAAGACCCUGAGAAAGUUUGGCAUAGAUCACUUGCAUACCUAUUACACCUGUCUCAAACCUGAAAUCCUUGGCAUUGUGCCGUUGACUAAUAAGAAACAAUAAACAAAAUUGAAGUGAGAGAGGAAGACAGAAGAAGCUGAGCAGAGCAGUCCGCACCAGUGAGAUGAUUAAAGAUUAACCCCACUUGCCUCCUGCCUCCACCCCUCUGGGUUGUAUAGGCCUUGAAGCUCAGCAGAUCCUUUCAGAGAAAUAUUUGAAAUAAAGGCCAACAGAUAGGGGACGCCGGCAAAAUCAGUUGGAGAGGUUGAGGGGCCAAUAACCUCUGGCUGCGGAAUCACUGCAAUCUGGCCUGUGUUUGCUGAUGAUAAUGCGCCUUUCCAAAGCCCUGAUAGACAUGGAGAUGGCAGAUUAUAGUGCGGCUUUAGACCCGGCAUACACGACUCUGGAGUUUGAGAACAUGCAAGUCUUGGCAAUAGGCAACGACACCUCCCCUUCUGAAGCAGCAAACCUCAAUGCGUCCAACAGCAUCGGGGCCAGUGCGUUGUGUGCCAUUUGCGGAGAUCGUGCAACGGGGAAACACUAUGGGGCCUCCAGCUGUGACGGCUGCAAAGGGUUUUUCAGGAGAAGCGUCAGAAAGAAUCACAUGUAUUCCUGCAGGUUUAACAGGCAGUGUGUUGUAGACAAGGACAAAAGAAACCAAUGUCGAUACUGCAGGCUAAAGAAAUGUUUUCGAGCAGGAAUGAAGAAAGAAGCUGUACAGAACGAACGCGACCGAAUCAGUACUCGGAGAUCCAGCUAUGAAGACAGCAGCUUGCCGUCCAUUAACGUUUUACUGCAAGCAGAAGUUCUCUCACAACAGAUAUCGUCACCAAUUUCAGUGAUCAAUGGCGAUAUCAGAGGGAAGAAGAUCGCAAAUAUUGCAGACGUCUGCGAGUCCAUGAAACAGCAGUUGCUAGUGCUAGUGGAGUGGGCCAAGUACAUCCCGGCCUUCUGUGAGCUUCCUCUGGAUGAUCAGGUGGCUUUGCUACGGGCCCAUGCAGGGGAGCACCUGCUACUGGGAGCUGCCAAGAGGUCGAUGGUGUUCAAAGACAUCUUACUCCUAGGAAAUGACCACAUAAUCCCCCGUAAUUGUCCAGAGUUGCUGGAGAUCAGCCGUGUGGCUGUACGCAUCCUGGAUGAGCUAGUGCUCACAUUCCAAGAGCUGCAGAUUGACGAAAACGAAUACGCAUGUUUGAAAGCCAUCAUCUUCUUUGAUCCAGAUGCUAAAGGGCUGAGCGACCCCAUCAAGAUCAAGCGAAUGCGGUACCAAGUUCAGGUCAGCCUGGAGGACUACAUCAAUGACCGGCAGUAUGAUUCACGGGGACGCUUUGGGGAACUCCUCCUCCUCCUGCCCACCCUCCAGAGCAUCACUUGGCAGAUGAUUGAGCAGAUCCAGUUUGUCAAGCUCUUUGGCAUGGCCAAGAUCGACAACCUUCUGCAGGAGAUGCUGCUAGGAGGGUCAUCGAGUGACACUCCUCACGCUCAUCACCAUGCUCUUCACCCGCACCUUAUCCAGGAGAACCUGGGGACAAACGUCAUUGUGGCCAACACAAUGCCUGCUCAGAUGCACAAUGGGCAGCUGUCCACUCCCGAAACUCCCCAGCCUUCCCCACCCGCUGGCUCAGGAGCUGAACAAUACAAACUACUUCCUGGGGCCAUUGCAACUGUGGCCAAGCAGCCUAGUUCAAUCCCUCAACCUGCCAUCACGAAGCAAGAAGUCAUCUAGCAUCCAACCAAAUGAAUGUAUCAGAUGCCACAAAGACCUUGAUGAGGGAGACAAACCCUUUCUCAUUCCCAUUUUGAUCACUCUGGAGG